AAUGCCUGGCUUGGGAUAUGCAACUGCCAAUGAUAGUGGCUUUAGUAAUGAUCAGAGUGUUGGAAAUUUUGAGACAGUAACCAGUGAAGCUUCUAUUACAGUUACUACUAUUGGAAAGCAACCAUAUGAAGAAGGCCAGAUUGUUAAAAUUCAAUGUUGUUUCUUCAAGUUCUUUAAGAUGAGUCCUCGAAGAACAAUCUGCUAUUAUGGUUCUGAAAAUUUUGCAUAUUCUUCAACUACAACUAUUCAAAUUAUUGAUCCAUCUGGAGGAAAUGGUGAUCCUCAUUUUAGACUGCUUGUCUCUGAUAGCAGAGGUGAAAAUAUCCAUAAAAAUAUUUAUUUCGAUGUGACUGCUAAAGAAGGCGAUAAAAUUGAAAUAUUUAAGGAUGAAUCAGAUAAUAUUACCAUAUAUGGAGAGUUGAAGGAUGAUUAUUAUCUUCACAAUAUACAUGUGUAUAUUGAUAGAAAUUUAUUUCAAGCGGGUAUUGAUCAUAUCAUUUGGCAAAAUUCCAAUAUUUUGUCAUGGAAAGAUCAAUCAUUUAUAGCAAAAGAGAUUGGAAGAGCUAUCUUUGUAAAAAAUACAAGAUAA